CGUAAUGAGGGCAGCGCGCAUUCACUGUGGCACCAUAGAACGUAAAAGCCAGCCUGCGUCUGUCGGUGGAAAUUUAAGUUUGCUACACAACCAGUAUUUUUUGUGAUAUAAUCGGAGAUCAACACAGGAGAAAUGACCUCUCAAAUCCGACAAAACUUCCACCAGGACUGUGAGGCCGCCAUUAACAGGCAGAUAAACCUGGAGCUCUAUGCCUCUUAUGUUUACCUUUCCAUGGCAUACUAUUUUGAUAGGGAUGAUAAAUCCCUACAAAAUUUUGCAAAGUUCUUCAAUGCACAGUCCAAAGAGGAGCGCAAGCAUGCAGAGAAGCUGAUGAGUCUGCAGAACCAGCGGGGAGGCAGAAUUUUUCUGCAUGACAUCAGGAAACCUGAUAGAGAUGAGUGGGGGAGCGCGCUGGAGGCUUUGGAGUGCUGCUUGCAACUGGAGAAAAGUGUAAACCAAUCCCUUCUGGACCUGCAAAAAAUGGCGACUGAACACAAUGAUCCUCAUUUGUGUGACUUCAUAGAAACCCAUUUUCUGGAUGAGCAGGUCAAAUCUGUCAAACAGCUCGCUGACUGGAUAUCCAACCUGCGCCACAUGGGAGCCCCCCAGGACGGCAUGGCUGAGUACCUCUUUGACAAACACACCAUGGGCGACGAGGGCAGUUAAACUACACUGUGACACUCAUGAUCAUCCUGGUCGACACUGCAUGCCGCCCUAUCCCUGACAUGUACUACAUGUAAUACAGAUAACGCUGCUGUAUUUAUGUUUGUUAGCUGUCAAUCAAUUGCAAACUUUGCAAAAGGCACAGAUGGCUCUCUAAACUGCAUACCUCACUCCAAGUUACAUACCAGAGUACAAUGCACCUAAGAGAUGAUUUAUAGCAAUAAAGACUGUGAAAACAUUUAAAUAAGCUAGUUAUGAGUUCAUACUUCCUAAUAAUUUAUUGACUAUUUAAGUGUUUUUAGUGUUUAUAAAGUGUGGUGGCUAAAACACUACGAUAUACUGUAACGUCUGAGCUGAACUUAGAUCUUUUAAAAAUAUUUGUUUCUCUUUGAGCAAUAGCUGUACGGAGGCUGAACUCUGCCAAUGUAAUAUUAAACUGCUUUUACAAUAAAUAUAAAUACAUGAAAACCA